GCACGGCNCCAUCGGCGACUUCCAGCGCGCGGGGGACGCCGGGGACGCCGCCGGUGUCCCCAAGGAGCCGCCCUCGGUGGAGGAGGUGGCCCUGGGCUUCAUCCGCGUGGCCAACGAGGCCAUGUGCCGGCCCAUCCGCGCGCUGACGCAGGUGGGUGUGCCCGGGGUCACCUGCGUCACCUGCACGGCAGUUUGCUGUCCACACUCGGGCUGGCCCGCCUUCCCGCAGCUGCAGCGGCGCCUGUGCGAGCUCGAGCGGCGCUGCCGGGACGCGCUGCGGGAGCAGGGCUUCAGCGACGAGCAGAUUGUCACCGAGCCGUUCCUGCACCUGCGCUACGAUGGCACCGACGGGGCGCUGAUGGUGUCACCGCGGGGUCACCCGGCACACCCCGGCUCCUGCCCGGCCGGAGACUUCCUGGCGGCCUUCACCGAGCGGUACCGCCGCGAGUUCGGGUUCUCUCUGCCCGGCCGGGCCGUGCUCGUGGACGAUCUGCGGGUUCGGGGCCGCGGCAGAACCGGAACCGGAACCGGGACCGGAACCGGAACCGGGACCGAACCACUGCGGGAGAAUGGGGGGAGCCCCAGAGUGGAGAGGGUGACCCGCUGCUAUUUCGAGGGCGGCUUCCAGGACACACCCGUCUUCCUGCUGGGGGAGCUGGCCAGUGGCCACACCCUGCCCGGGCCGGCCAUCGUCAUCGACGCCAACAGCACCAUCGUGGUGGAGCCCGGCUGCGUGGCCGUGGUGACCCCGCCGAGAUUUCUGGGGACUCCCAUCCCUGCCCCCGCAGAGCAGAUGGGGUCUCUGGUUGAUCUCAGGUUGAUCCCGGGGGUCUCUGGGGUGGUUCCCAGGCUCCCCCCCAUUUUUGGGGGUCCCCUCCCGGUUUUUGGGGGUCCCCUCCCGUUUUUGGGGUCCCCCCGAGCGGUCGCUGCCCCCGCAGAGCAGAUGGGCCCCUUUGGGGGCCCCCUCCCGGUUUUUGGGGGUCCCCUCCCGUUUUUGGGGUCCCCCCGAGCGGUCGCUGCCCCCGCAGAGCAGAUGGGGCGCACGCUGCAGCGCACCGCCAUCUCCACCAACAUCAAGGAGCGCCUCGACUUCUCGUGCGCCCUGUUCGGGCCCGAGGGGGGGCUGGUGUCCAACGCCCCCCACAUCCCCGUGCACCUGGGCGCCAUGCAGGAGGCCGUGCAGUUCCAGCUGUCCCUGUCACUGUCACCGUCCCUGUCCCCUCUGUCCCCAGCCGUCACCCAGGCGCUGCUGGCCCCUGCCUCGGUCCCCGGCUGCUCGGGCACGCGCAACCUGCGCGACAACCUGGCGGAUCUGCGGGCGCAGGUGGCGGCGAACCAGAAAGGGAUCGGGCUGGUGAGGGAGCUGAUCGGGCAGCACGGGCUGGAGGCCGUGCAGGCCUACAUGGGAUACGUGCAGGUGAGACCCCAAAAUAUCCCAGAAUAUCAGCUGAUCGGGCAGCACGGGCUGGAGGACGUGCAGGCUUAUAUGGGAUGCGUGCAGCCCCCUGUGCCCCCCCAGGGCAGCGCCGUGUUCGAUUUCGGGGGGACGGGCCCCGAGGUUUUGGGGAACUGCAACGCGCCGCGAGCGAUCACCCUGAGCGCGCUGAUCUACUGCCUGCGGUGCCUGGUGGGGCACGACAUCCCCCUCAACCAGGGCUGCCUGGCACCUGUGCAGGUGCGCAUCCCGCCCGGCUCCAUCCUGGACCCCUCCCCCGAGGCGGCGGUGGUCGGGGGGAACGUGCUGACCUCGCAGCGCGUGGUGGACGUGGUGCUGCGCGCCUUCGGGGCCUGCGCCGCCUCCCAGGGCUGCAUGAACAACGUCACCUUCGGCUCGGCGCGGGGCGGGUACUACGAGACGGUGGCGGGGGGCGCCGGGGCCGGCCCUGUCCCCGUUCCAGGGGGGCUCCCGGGGGCUCCGGGGCUGAAUUUGCUGCUGCGCCGCGACGGGAGAAUCAUCAACCUGGGGGGCAAGAGCCGGGUGAUGGUGGAGCCGGGG